GGUUUCCUCGUCUCUCGCUCACCUACCACGACCAGGCUGUGAAACCUUCAGCGAACAGCGCAGCUCCCGGGGGGGUUGCCAAAGAGGCGGACCUUAACGCGACCCCCACAGUUGAGCUUCAAAUGGUUUUACAAUGCAGACCAUUUCUUGAGGCGCAUUUUGUAGCUGCUGACAUAAAAAGCGACGGUCUGAAUGUGCGUAAAACCCCCACGAAUAUAGACACCACUACCUUCAGUGAGAUAAAGAUAGAAAAUCAGAUCAUCAAAUUCACUCCCGCUCAUCAGAGGAAUUAACUUGGAAGCUUCGUGACAGCAACCUUUGAUAUUGAAGAUAUUUAGCAUCUUCAAAGGAUCAUCUUUCUCAAACACACUGAAGCAAAAAUCUGCUACAACUUCACGAUGGAACCUACUCAAGCAGAGAUGAACAUCUUAGCCAACGGGAAAAGUCACGACCUCAGCAGUGACAUUGGAGUGCCAAUGAAGACGUUGCCAGAUGAGGAUCAAAAUGGCACGCAAACAGUCAGAUUUGAUGAUCCUGAAGGAGGACUGGAGAAUGAAGGAUUUCUGCCCAGUGCAGAUGGAAAGAAACCUAUACGCUUCACAGAUUUUGAGGGGAAGACCUCUUUUGGCAUGUCUGUCUUCAACCUGGGUAAUGCUAUCAUGGGCAGUGGAAUCCUGGGAUUGGCGUACGCCAUGGCCAACACCGGCAUACUCCUCUUCCUGUUUCUUCUGACUGCAGUAGCACUCUUGUCAGCGUACUCCAUUCAUCUGCUGCUCAAAUCCUCUGGCAUUGUGGGAAUUCGCGCUUAUGAACAGCUGGGGUACAGGGCUUUUGGCACUCCUGGAAAGAUGGCUGCUGGCAUUGCAAUCACCCUGCAGAAUAUUGGAGCCAUGUCCAGCUACCUGUAUAUUGUGAAAUCUGAGUUACCGCUGGUCAUCCAAGCUUUCCUAAAGGCAGAUCCCAACUCUGAUCUGUGGUACUUGAAUGGAAACUACCUGGUCAUCAUGGUCUCUGCCAGUAUCAUCCUGCCCCUGGCUUUAAUGAAACAGCUCGGUUACCUUGGCUAUACCAGCGGAUUUUCUCUCAGCUGUAUGGUGUUUUUUCUUUCUGCGGUUAUCUACAAAAAGUUUCAGAUUCCCUGCCCGUUCGAGGAGUUCUCAACCAACAGCACUGCCGCCCACUACAGCCUGAAUGUCUCGAGCCACGGCCACGAGUACAACAAUGGCCUAGUUCACGAGGACGAUGACUCCCACUGCUCCCCACGCAUGUUCACAAUGAACUCACAGACAGCAUACACUGUUCCCAUCUUGGCUUUCGCCUUUGUUUGCCACCCUGAGGUCCUCCCCAUUUACACCGAGCUCCGCAAUCCCACGCAGAGGAAGAUGCAGAAGGUGUCCAACAUUUCCAUCCUUGUCAUGUACAGCAUGUACUUCCUGGCAGCGCUCUUUGGCUACCUGACCUUUUACGACAAUGUAGAGCCUGAACUGCUGCACACUUACAGCCGAAUCGACCCUUACGACACUCUGAUCCUGUGUGUGCGAGUGGCCGUCCUCACAGCUGUGACGCUGACCGUCCCUAUCGUGUUGUUCCCUGUACGUAGAGCCAUCCAGCAAAUGUUGUUCCCCACCAAGUCUUUCAACUGGUUGCGUCACAUUGCCAUUGCCCUCCUCCUGCUCACCCUCAUCAACAUGCUGGUGAUAUUUGCUCCCAACAUUUUGGGCAUCUUCGGCAUCAUUGGUGCAACGUCGGCUCCCUGCCUCAUUUUCAUCUUCCCUGCUGUCUUUUACAUCCGCAUCGUUCCCAAAGAUGACGAACCCAUGAACUCUGUUCCUAAGAUCCUGGCUCUUUGUUUUGCUGCUCUGGGUGUCUCCUUCAUGGUAAUGAGUCUGAGCUUCAUCAUCAUCGACUGGACAACAGGGGGCGGCCACGCUGCAGGAGGCCACUAGAUGCUGCUUCAGUGUGCGUGAGCUCUAAAAAGGGGAAAAAAGAACUGGUCAAUGCAAAGGGAGCACUAUCACCUCAGUGGGAACACACUACAGGGCUGCUCAGCACAGAGCCUGGCGUUUAUAACGGUACUAAAUAUACAGAAUACAUGUGAGUUGGAAUCACACUGAUCGAGUUAAAUUAGCUUUUUUGAUUUUAACUUCACACAUAUCUGAACAAAAUCCUUGAACGAUGUUCAGGAAUUCAGUUUAACAUUAAUAAUUUCUAUGAAUAAUCAGGACUAAACAGGGUCAUCUGUUAGUGCUACCAUGAUGGUGAAUUAGUUUUUUCCUGUUGCUUCCUCUUCAUUCACACACACACACACACACACACACACACACACACACACACAGAGCUGCAGCUGUACAGAAAAAAAGGCAUGAUUGUCUGUUAGGAAUGCAUCAAGAUAUACAUGACAAAUAAUUAUUUUUACACAAAUAUGAAUUUUUUUUCAUGAGACGCACAAAAGAGGACAGUCAGAUUAUCUCAUCCUGAACCAGCUGCACUCUGAACUGUUCAUCAUGGUGUAAUAUGAAACAAAAAGAGUGCUUUAAGGCCUUAGACUGCAGGUGACAUUUCAUAUCAUGAUCUGUCGAGGUGUUACGUAUCAUACAAAGCUUUUGUUCCAGAUCAGCUAACUCUCUUCAGAAACCCUGGUGCCUUUUAGCAUUUGGAACAGCAUGAACACACAGCAAAAAAAAAGAAAAAAAAGACAGGAGUGUAUAUUUAUUUAGCUAUACGAUAUCUGUGUUUUUAAUUUCAAAUGGACUAUAUUUAACUACUGUAUAUGAUGAAGUCAAUGAUCCAAAUAUAUCGUGUAUGAUAUCAGUUUUUGUUUUAGCUUACAGUAUAUAUAUGAUGGAAAGAGUUACGACUGAAGAGAUUUUAAACGUUCAAAUACAAAGAGCUUGAUUUAAGGAUUUCAUACUUUAACUUUGUAGAACUUUAAGCACACAUGAAGCCAAACUGUGACCUUAAAUAGAAGCCAAGUACAGCUUAACUUUUACCCAGCCUUAAGGCUUGCUCAUUGAUCCCCUAAAUUCUCAAAACUCCUUUUAAACAAUUCAGAAAUCACUUUUUAAAGUUUUUGUGAUGCCCCCACUGAGUGAAAAUUCAUCCCAAGAUGCCAUGUUUUUCAGGGCUGCCCUGGGAACCUAAAUGAAAUGAAUUUUGGAAAAAAGUCCUUGUUCAUUUUCUUGCAGAGCAUUAGAUGAGAAGAUACAGUUAUCGUUACGACUCGGCGCAGGGAAAAACCGCUGGUCUGACUCUGUCCAAAUGUUACAAGCCUAGUACCUUUAAAGUAACACUUAAAGGAAUAUUUCACCCAUCAAAUCACCAUUUAAAUCAAUGUCAAGUCAUGUUGUUUAAAAUCAAAUUUAUCAAGAACAUUUUAUUUUUCUCGCAUGCCCCCACAAUGAAUGAAGAAUCCAAAAACUGAG